CCCAGGGGCACCGUGAGCAAGGCCACUGGCGCGUAGGAAGCACCUGCGCGCUGUCAUGGUGUCUAUGUCUGCGGCCCACCGCCCGGCACCAGCCUUACCUAGGAGUCAUUUCCACGUGGAAAGAGCGGGCCCCGCGGAGUAAAGGAAGCUUGUACAUCCCGCAGAGCAGUGUGGAAGGCACUCUCUUGCAGACUGUGUUAGGUUGACCCUGGCGGCCGGAGCGCUCAGACCUUGUGGACGCUGAGGUUGCAGCUACGUUCUCCUUCCUCCUGACAAGCAUGGAUUUAUCCAGUUGUCUUUACAAAAUUGGGGAGCAGCUGGACAGCGAGGAGCUGGCCUCCCUGAAGUUCCUGAGCCUGGAUUACAUCCCACAAAGGAAGCAGGAGCCCAUCCAGGAUGCCUUGAUGCUAUUCCAGAGACUCCAGGAGAAGCGCAUGCUGGAGGAGAACAACCUGGCCUUCCUGAAGGAGCUGCUCUUCCGAAUCCACAGACUGGAUCUGCUGAGCACUCUGCUGGGCACUAGCAAGGAGGAGAUGGUGACGGAGCUGCAGAUCCCAGGCAGGGCCCAUAUUUCUGCCUACAGGGUCAUGCUCUUCCAGAUUUCAGAAGACGUAAGCCAACUGGAAUUGAAGGCUUUUAAAUUUUUUUUGAGCAGGGAGAUCUCCAAAUGUAAACUGGAAGAUAACAUGAGCUUGCUGGACAUCUUCAUCGAGAUGGAGAAGAGGGCCCUCCUUGGGGAUAGAAACUUGGACACCCUGAAAAAGAUCUGUGAGCAAAUCAACAAGAGCCUGCUGGUGAAAAUCCACGAUUAUGAAGACUGCAGCCAAGGGAGAAGAAUGAGCCUGGGAAGAACUCCCGGCGCAUGUUCAAACGGGGAGGAGCCAUAUGGAGUGCUGGCACUGUCAGACUGUCCAGGGGAGCCAGCGAGCAAGGCACAGACAUCAGAAGAAGUUUACCAAAUGAAAAGCAAACCUCGGGGAUACUGUUUGAUCGUCAACAACUACGAUUUUAGCAUAGCACGGAGAGAAAUGCCCAGACACCGCAACAUGAAAGACAGGAAAGGAACAGAAGUUGAUGCAGAGGCUUUGAGCAAUACCUUCACUGACCUUCACUUUGAAGUAGUCCAUUACAAUGACUGCACGGCAAAGCAGAUCUGUGACAUUCUGCAAAGCUACCAAAGCAUGGACCACAAAGACAGAGACUGCUUCGUCUGCUGCAUCCUGUCCCAUGGAGACAAGGGCAUCAUCUAUGGCACUGAUGGGCAGGAGGCCUGCAUCUAUGAUCUGACCUCUUAUUUCACUGGUUCGAAGUGCCCCUCUCUUGCUGGAAAACCCAAAGUCUUUUUCAUUCAAGCUUGUCAAGGGGAUAAGUACCAGCAAGCCGUUCCUGUUGCGAUAGACUCAGAGCAGCAAGAAACCUAUUUAGAAAUGGACUCAUCGUUUCCAAAGAGAUACGUCCCCGAUGAGGCUGACUUCCUGCUGGGGAUGGCCACUGUGAACAACUGUGUCUCCUAUCGAAACCUCUUUGAGGGGACCUGGUACAUCCAGUCACUUUGCCAGAGCCUAAGAGAAAGAUGUCCUCAAGGCGAAGAUAUCCUCUCCAUCCUGACCAAAGUGAACUAUAAAGUGAGCAUUAAGGAAGCUGGGGAAAAAAAGAAGCAGAUGCCACAGCCUACUUUCACACUAACAAAGAGACUCCUCUUCCCUCUGGAUUGAUCCUAUUUUUACAUAUGUAACACUAGGAUUUAUUUAUUAGUUAUUAAGCUAAUAAAAUGAUUUGCACAUUGUUAUUAAACAUGUAUAAUUACAGUAUUACUUUAAACUGAAGGUGAAAUGAAUGUAAUUGUAAGUGUGUCUCUUUCCAGCUGUCUUUUCUACACUAAAGAAAUUUAAAAAUGUGUAAAUUUUAAAAUAUUCUUAGUGUCAAAGCCUUUUAAAAAAUCAAGAAAUGCCAUAAGUUUUUUAUUACCUACCCCCUGAACUCCCUUUUUGACCUCUCCUGUCACUGACUGCUUUUGUGCAAGCUCCUAUAACCACUCACAUAACUUGCUGUUUUGCUUAUGAUGCUGUGCCCUCUUUAUGUGUUUGUAUUUGCUCUUUCUUUCUGUAUUAAGUUUAUUCCAAAUUGCUAGAAAUUAAGUUUAUCUUUAAAAGCUAAAUGGUUCUUUUAAAAGGACAUUUUUUUUCUUGAAAAAAUGUUAAUUAAUAAAAUAUCAUUUUAUCUGUUCCUUGGAA